AUGGAUGAGCUCUUUGGGGAGAAUGACGAUCACCGUCAACCGCCGCUCGAUCUCACGAGUCGCGCCUUUCAGCCAAAGAAGUACAUCCAGCGCGCCUUGGCCAAUGUCUCACACUCGGUGUUCGAAGGUCAGCUCAUCGACAAGGUCGGGGUUGCGGAGGCAGAAACCGGGGAGGCUCUCAAGCAGCUCAUUCGCGACAACCUCGGUGUGUUUAUCAACUCUAAGGAUGCCAUGGACGCUGUGUACAACUCUGACGCGGAGCUCUUCACCGGCGAGGCCCUCGAAGGCAUCACAACCUCUUUCAAGAAUGCGCUGAACAUCUGCGAUUCGCUCGUGCAGCCGAUUACAGAUACCUUUCUAGAGAUGCAGGAGAGUCGAAAGAGUCAGGACAUGCUGGACAAGUUCUUCAGCGUGCUCGGUGUCCCUGGUGCAAUCUACAACAGUUGCGGCGCCAAAGUAGCGCAGCGGCGACAGACGGCGGCGGGCAACUCCUCCAGCUCCUACGUUGACGAAGACGGUGCAUCGCGCGAGGGGGACACUGGAGAGAAUCUCGGCUCAAGUAGUCAAGAAGACCAGUCGAAGAAGGCGUCUCGCCGAGCUGUCAAGCGAGAUGCCUCAGGCGACUACAAUGACGACGGCGUCGAGGAAGACAACGAAGACGAGAGCGACAGCGACGAGGACAGCUCCCCUGCUGCUGCUGCUACUGCCAAGGCGCACGGCAACCUGGAGGCCCCCGCUGGCAGCACCGCUGCCGCGGACAUGUACGUACUUGGCAGCGGAGAGGAGAUCCACUUCUGGUGCGGCACCCCGCUGGUGCGCCUCAAGGACGCCGACGCAUGGCGGCAGCACGUCAAUCAUGUGUCCAACUACGAGGUGGCCGUGCUGCACCUGCGCCGCGCCAUGCUCUACCUCGAGGAGACGUACUCCCUCAUCGACGGUACGAUGCUAGCUGGAGACGAUGAGGAGCCGCCGAAGACAGUACAGGUCUCACUUGCAACAGGAGUUAACCACUCCCCGCCUGGCGGGCAAGGCAGUCCUGCAGCUGCUGUAGUGGGAGCAGCAGCGGGCUCGUCAAAGAACGUGAGCGCUGUUCGUCACAGCGUGUUUGCCUACAAGUUCUCCAUGGCCCUCCUCCGCGCCUCUCUGUACCUCUGUAGCCAGCUGGCCGAGGAGCUCAUCUACGCCAACCCGGCGGACACCGUCCUCAUCGAGGACACGCUGUCCAUGAUGAUGGACACCAGCAUCGCCUCGGUGAAGUUGCACCACUUCUGCGCUGUGCUGCAAGAGGCACUCGGCGAAGGAGACCAACAUGAACAAGUUCUGACCAAGCUGCGCACGCAGCUGUCCAGUGGUGGGACAACAGCUGAAGGUGUCACGCUGAAGGGUGGCAGCACCGCUGCUGCCGUGAGGUUAGAGGAUUCCAGCUUCCACACCACCGCGUCGCUGAGUAAACUCGGGGAUAAUUCGCUUAGCUUUUCGCCGAACAGGACCGUGCCGGAAGCUGGCACAGAUGGGGCUGUUCCAGCUUCGGCCCCCUCUGUCACUGCGCCGCGACACAGCACAACCGCCUACCAGCACCCCGCGCAGUUUUUUAUAUCGAUUGUGCAGCGCCAGCAGAGGCAUCUCUUCCACUCUAGCGCUGCUAGUCUUUUGCGGGAGUCGAGUGGGUGGCUGUGGAAGGCGCAGACGGACGCGGCGCGCGGCCUGAAGGAGCGACAGCGGCAGCAGGCGCUUCGACACAGGCAGUGCGAUGCAGCGGACGUUGGGGAAGGCACGAUGGCAGAGGUGCUGGGCGGGAACGGUGCAAGCGGCUGCGGGUUGUCAUCGAGCCCCUUCGUCGGCGCCAGUAUCGGCAGCGACGGAGGUUUCAUCGGCAACACAAACGAUUCCUUUCGCCAGGACAACUCCUUUACGUGGCUGAACGCGCGUGGCGGCGCCGGGCGCCACCAGUCGUCUGCGGUCUCGCCGACGAGCGGCGACGGUGACGAUUCGGGUUUCGCACCCAGUGGCAGUGCCACGGCACUCAGCGGCGGUAAUCCGACGGACGAAAAUCGAAGGUUUGUUGGCAUCAUCCCUGACGCCUACGUGUCGAGGGUGCUGGACGCCUUCAACACGCCGGAGUCGCCCUUCCCCACCAGUACCGAGUUUCGGGUCGGCGCCUUGGACAUGGAUGCGGCGCUUGUGUCCAGUUGCCUGCAGAUUCGUAUGCACAGCUCUUCCCUGCUCAGUCAGCUGUUCACGCGCGCUGAUGUCGAGUCAGCCGUGAUGGCGCAGUCAAGUUCUCUCAACACCUUCGCCCUGCGGUUGUGUGCCGAGUGUGUUGGGACGCUCGAGCACGUGAUCGGUUCCUACUGGGGCGGCAUCGCGACGACGCUGCACUCUGGAGUGUUCGACUUUGCCCCUGAGCCAGGCUCGCCGCUGCACGCUAUCUUGACUCAGCUCUUGGGCAACACGGGGGCCCAGGUAGUGGCAGGUACCGCUGCCGCUGCGACGAGUGGCAGCGGCAGCGGCGGCAAGAGGUUGCAGCCCUCACCAUCAACCAUCCUCACUGGCACGCACUUACGCUCGCUAAGUCACGCAGGGGAGAUGGAUGACAACGCCGACGUCUCCGAGGACGAGCCCGCCGUGACGGGCACAGCGAACCGCGGUGCGGCUGCAGGGGAUGCGCGAGGGAGAGCAGGGGGCGCCGGCGUGGCGUCCGGGUCCAUCGACCAUCUGCCGCGCAUACGCUUCGUGCCAACGUUACCGCACGUUUUCCAUCCUGCUGCAGCCGGCGUGUCCGAGACCAGCGCGGCACAGCAGCCCACUCGCCCAAAGAGCCUGCGCGACAUCUCGGUGGAGGCGGUUCAUCAUAUGAUCAGCAACGCAGCGGCCACGCUUCAGAACCUCUUCCUGGCCUUUAUAAACAGGAGCGUCAUGGAUGGCUUUGUGAGCACCCUGGCACUGUACCGAGUGAGUGACCUGCACCGCUACGGCCGUUCUGAGCGCAUCGAGCUGCAUGCGGCCAUCCUCUACGAAGUCAUCCUUGGCCAGUGGAUGCGCAUGAUGAACCUCGUCAGUGACACAAUGCUGCGGCUAAAGAUCGUCAUUGGCGACUCCAGCAGUUCUGCCAUAAUCACGACGGGGACGCAGGUGGAGGAAGUUGGUCGCCUGCUGCAGGAGCUGGAGCUGCUACGCUCCACAUCCCUACGUUGCUACCUGCACGGCAUUGGUGUCCUGAGCAAGGCAUACUUGACGGCGCUCCCGCUGUUGCAGCGGCACACCGGUACGUCACUUGACGCGCGCGUCCGCGCCCGGCUCAGUCGCGAGUCGGUCUCCUCCAACGCGGUCCACAAGCUGCUCAACGUUUUGUCGGUUGCAAUGGACCGCUGUGUCCCCUUCUUUGUGCGCGAUACGGAGGUCUUCAAUAGUAUGGACCUCUUCGCCCUCAAGUCGGAGAACCUGCGCGACGACGCCGACGAGGACGUGGUGGCGAGCGGAAGAAGCGGCGGUGGCGCCGGCGCGCGCGAUGCUGCGGCGCGUCGUCGGCGUGUGCUGCGACAGCGUUUGGGCGAUGAUGCCUCCGGCGCGGCACGGUACAGUGGGAAGGCCGCAUCCUCCGGACCGGCCGUUCUCGGGGAUGGCGCCGACACCGUCGCGGACCCUAUUUCCGAGCUCAUCGCGCAGUUCCACAGAAAGUUGGUGAUGGAGAGCCUGCAGGACCACGAGGAGCUGGUGCUCGCCCUCCUCUCGCACCUCCUGCUCGCCUUCGUUGAUAUGCUACAGCUGAAGUGCCGCACAGCCACAACAGACGUCACCCUGCACCCCGCUGAGCGCGAGCGGUGCGUCGUCGAGUGCAUGGCCGACACGCUCUGCCUCGCCACAACAUUAACGCCUAUUCUCACAGAGCACCUGCUGACGCCCUGUUUCUUCGAGGUAAUCGUGCGCCAGUUGCCGGAGCUGUGCGCGACACCAGUCGAUAUCGCCGCGAUGCUGCACAGUAAGCAGCAGCAGUAUAGUCAAGUUUACCUGUCAGUGGUGGAGGAGCACUGCCAGCUCGCUGUGGACGCCAUGAUGAACGCAUACCUGGCACUGGCUCAGCAGCCCAUCACGGACCUCGUCAGGCGACAGGGCUUUGUGCAGCCACUCUUUGACUGGCAGCGCGUCUCUCCGCAUACAACAGCAGCAGUGCGCCCGUACAUCGCCGACGCCAUCGCGUGCAUCGCUCGCGCGCAUGAUACGCUAAACGCGAUCCGGCAGCCGGUUCUCGGCAGCACCGCCACGCAGCGUCUUGUGGGACACCUUGUGCGCACCUUCCUCACCUCCUUCACCAGCGACGUGAACGUCUUCGAGCUCUCUGUGGAGUGCAGCUCCAGCUUCUUGGUGUAUGGCCUGACUCUGCUCGAGGCCGAGGCCGCCACAAUCCUGCGCGUCGUGGACGCGGUGGUGGCGCACGUGGCGGCAAACCCCACCACGAAUGAGCUGCUUUCGGAGCUGACGAUAGCGCGGGAAAAUCUAAGUACCCUCACACAGACCCUGGAGGACUACGCCACCUCCGUCAGCGAGGCGAUCGUCGCCGCACGCAGCAGCGAGGGAGGUGGCGCGAGCGGUGCGGACAUCACCCUCACACUGCUGUCACGCGACAAGCGACACGAGCGGCGCGACGGAAUGGUGCAGGCAGCGAUGCGCACACUGGACUACAUGUUAGAGGCUAUCAACACGGAGCUAGAAGAGUCGUCGCUGUCAAGCGCAGCACUGCUGCAGCUACGCAGCGCGGCGGCAGCAACAACCGAGGGAGACGGUGCUGCGGGCGUUGGCUUGCGCAGCAACGUGGCAGAGCGCAUCGUACUGCGCAUUGAGCGGCGCAAGGAGGGGUACGAACUCCGCCGCGCUCGCGCUGCCGCGGCAGUACAAGACGAGCUCCAGCGGCAGGAUAUUAAGAAGCGGGCGGCUGAGCAGCAGAGUCAACAGAAGAAGGCGGCGGUGGCUUCCGCUUUGCUUGAGGGCAACACCGGCCCUGCCGACGGCUCAGACAACGGCGCUAGCUUGCUUGGUCGACGCCGAUUGCCGCCCACCUCACUCGGCCCCGGCGAUGACAAGAACGGCGAUGUGGACAGCGGUGAGCACCUCACCCCACGCACCGUGCAGGAGAGCGAGAGAGCGUCAUUGAAAGCGGCAGAGGCGGCUGGCAAUGUAUUCCGGCUUGCCCAGGACCAGCAGGAGAAACGCCGAGUGCGGCGCCUGAGGAAAACCAGCACGGACGACGGUGGAAGCACAGACGAGGCUGUGGCAGCCGUCGAGGUGAGCGCCGGAGCAGCGAAGGUGAGACCCACACCUGCAGCAGUACCGCUGUCCCUUUCUGUGCCGCUUGCAGGCUCUGAGGUUGGCGGCAAAGAUGACGACGGCGGUAAGGGGGCUGAAGCCGUAACCACGCGUAAUCGGGUGUCCCGGCAUGAGAGGCGUGCCAAUCGCUUCCGGCGCACCAACGCUCUUUGA